CCAGUCAACAACUCACAAAAUCAGAGUACAAAAACUAAGUUCCUAAUCAGUAGAAUAGAAGGAAAACAAAACGUUCAAUAUAAUUUUGUGAACAGAGGGAAAACCAACGCAAUUUCAAUGACUGGUGAUUAUCAAUCAACUCUACACGUCAAUGAGGUCGAUGGACAGAAAGAUACUUCAGACGCAGAAGGAGCCGAUAUCGACGACUGGCAGAAGAUAUUUCGUAACGCGCCCCCGACCACCGCCAUUGGGACCGCUGAAGGUGGCUACAUCGAGCAGGAGCUGCAGGCAUUUAUGAACACACUCAAUGUUGAAGAUGAUGCGGACGAUGUCCAGGAGGUGCCCAUACAGAUUGAAACGAUCGCUGUGGAUGACGAAAUAGACAUUGGACUCGACAAUACUAGAAAAAGGUUGUCGCAAAAGAAGCAAAAGCAAGCAGCAGGCACGCUGCAGAAGAAGCCAAAAGUGAAGAAACGGAUUUUACGGAAGCGACUCGCUGAAUAUUCCUUUGUUGAGACCCUUUAUCUGGCCGCCAACAGUAACAGCAUUGACUUCCUGCGUUGGUCGAAGAAGGAAAAACAUCUAAUUGUGCCAUAUGUGGCGCUUCAGGAGCAUUUGAUCAGCUCUCGCCCCAUGUUCCGUUGUCGCAGUGUCCUCCAGUUCGCGGCAGAGCUCUCGAGAUAUGGCUUUGAGCGUGUGUUUGACUUCGAUUUCAAGGAUGCGGCCAAGGCCACUAUAGUCUUGGUCUUUCAGCACCCCAACUUUGUAAUGGGUGCGCCGCACAAGAUCCGUAAGAUAAGCUACGUGAACAUGCAAGAGGAACAAGAGAAUGCACAGACUUCCGCAGCAGGACACCAGCAAAGGGACAAUGAUAUCUGCACCACCUUUCACUCGUACAUGUCGCCCCUGCAGGUGGCACGCUGCCGCCUCCACACGGAGCUGAGCUACCAUUCCGAUAUGGCUCUGCUCCACGAAUACGCCAAUGAGUCCAACAAGCCGGUGGCCAAACGAGCCGGGCGUCCCGCACCCAUCCUGGAAACGACCGUGGAGCAACAGCUUGCGGGCAGAACGGACAAGUUUGUGAAUCCUUACGAGUCGGUGACCAAGAUACUCACGAAGCAGGUGCCCUCGUAUGCCGGCUACUAUGGCAACGUGCCGCACCCGAUGCUGGAGGACUUCUUCCAGGAGUACAUGCCCCGCUAUGGCAUCAAGAUAAGCGGCUACAAGCAGAUCGUGAUUGACGGCCACAACAACUCGAGUGACUUCAAUCAGAAUAUACCAAUUGGCAACGAAGACUCGGACGAUGAGAACGAUGAUCCGGACAAGAGGGAUGCCUUUGAUCUGGAGGAGGUUAUGCACCAGUUGUGCGACGAAGAUGCCAUCGCCAGCGAGGACGAUGAUGAGCUAGUUGAAGACUCUGUCGCAGUGGAGCUAGUGCUGAAUGAAGACGACGGCACCUACACGUAUAUCAAAAAAGCUAAAGAAGAACAAAAGCCGCUGCCGAAGUUGGUUCUACCACAGAAAACGACAAAGAAACGUCAGCAGGAUGAUGAUCAAAAAAAGGGAAAGCAACCACUGCCCAAGAAGUCAAAGAAAUGCCUGGUACAAGCUGAGAUCGAGGACGACACAACCAAUACAGAUACAGAUACAGAAACGGGGCAGCCAUCAGUGCAGCAGAAUUUGAAGCCUUCUCUUCAGAAUGCUAUCGAGGAGGAUGAGCUCUUGGAUUUCGCUGGCGAUGAUGACGAUAAGGAGUACAUCGAUCGGAAGGUGCUGCGCCGCACAGCCACGCUGUCGGCUUCCAAACGACGCAGCUACGAGUUGCGGAAAGUCAAGCGUGGCUCCAAGAAAAAAUAAAUGUUUGGAAAAUUAUGUGAAGGCUUU